AUGAAAAAAAGAGAAUUAGAAGAGACAGAUGAGCCAAGUCCUCGGGCCGUUGGAGAGGUAGAAGGGGAUUCGAGUGAAGAAGAUAGGGAAAAACAUUCAGUGCGGCCGAAAACUCAAAAUGUAGGCUGUGAUGUUUCUGAGUUUGGCAAUGAUCAAGAAGAUGCAUCGGACAAUGUAUGUUCUCAAGAUGCUGAAAAACUGGAAGGAGACUGUUUUACCAUUCAGAGUGAAGAACAUGAGAAGGAAUCAAAGCAGGGGAAAAUUCAGAAUAUUAGUCAUGAUGCCCCUGAGUUUGAUGAUGAGCGAGAGAGUAUGCCGGACGGGUUGGAUGAAGUGAUAGAUGUAGAGUUGAGUACUUACGAGGAAAUUAAAGACAAUGUGGCAGUAGAACCUCAGUUGGCUCAACGGGUGGGGGAUAAUUGUGGUUUGCCGAGUGGACCUCAACAAGAUGACUUGUUUCAAAAGGAGCAUGAAAGUGAUUCCAUGGAACCUGAAGUUGAAGUUAGCAUUAUUGGACAAGAAUGUCCUGGUGUUAAGGGAGAAUGCAGUGGAGAUUUUGAGCCUAAAAGUCAAGAAAAUAGUUUUGUACAGCAGGGUUUGUCCAUAGAGGAGGAUGACAGCAGAAGCAUGGAAUCUGCACAAGCGAAUCAAAAGACAGAGAACAGUUCAGAGUACAAUAAUUUGGAGCCUGAAGUUGGUGGAGCUGAGGUUCUUGGCUGUGAAUGCAGCACAUUUAUGGAUACUUCGCAGACUAAUCCGGAGGCUCCGCGUGUGGUGGGGAAGACAAUAUCUCUUAGAGACUUUGUUAGGGAGAAAAGUAUAAUAGCAAUGUCUAUGGUGCUUCGUCACCUUUCUGGAAAAAGAGACGAAUCUGCUGUGGGUAAUUCUGGUGGUGUGGGUAAGGACACUUCAGAUUUAUCAAGAGAAAGUGAUACGAAAGAGGUUUCUGAGAAGAGAGAGGAAACAACUUGGAACCCCUUAUAUUAUAUUAGACCAUCAUCUGAUAUUGUUGCUGAAAAUAGAACUGUCCCGAGUGAGGAACCCAUAUCUGAAGGUCCACCACUACCUAUAGUCAUGAAAGGAAGGAUUAUAGUGUACACAAGACUAGGGUGCCCAGAAUGUAAAGAGGUUAGGAAAUUUUUGUAUAUGAAAAGGCUUAGAUAUGUUGAAAUCAAUAUUGAUGUGUAUCCCAGUAGAAAGAUGGAGCUGGAGAAGAAGUCAGGAUCUACUUCUAUUCCCAAGGUUUUUUUCAAUGGAAUACUUAUUGGAGGGUUGAGUAAGCUUAAGUCCUUAAAUGAGUCUGGCAAGCUUAAUGAGAAGAUUGACUACCUUAUUAAUGAAGUACCAUCAUUUGAAUGCCCAGUUCCGCCACUUUCUGGAGAGGAUGAUGUAUCCAGUAGAGGGGCACUUGAUGAAAUGGCUCUAAUUGUCCGCAAAAUGAAAGAAUGCAUUGUUGUGCAGGACCGAUUUUUUAAAAUGCGGAGGUUUACUAACUGCUUCAUUGCUUCUGAUGCCGUGGACUUCUUAUCAGAAGAUCAGUAUUUGGAAAGGAAAGAGGUUUAUGGUCUUGCUGUUGAGUUUGCACGAAAACUUGCCAGCAAACUCUUCUUUCAGCAUGUUUUUGAUGAGAAUCUAUUUGAGGAUGGUAACCAACUAUAUCGGUUUUUGGAUGAUGAUCCAACCGUGGCAUCUUUUUGUCACAACAUUCCCAGGGGGAUAAUUACUGUGAAACCUAAGCCUAUGACCGAAGUUGCAUCGAGGCUAAGACUUUUGUCCUAUGCGAUGUUUGAAGCCUAUGCUUCUGAAGAUGGCCGUCAUGUUGACUACAGAAGUAUGCAUGGAAGUGAGGAAUUUGCAAGAUAUCUAAGAAUAAUUGAAGAGCUCCAAAGAGGGGAAGUAUGGAAUUUGUCUAGAGAAGAGAAGCUUGCUUUUUUUAUUAAUCUAUAUAAUAUGAUGGCCAUCCAUGCAAUCUUAGUAUGGGGUCACCCUUCUGGACCACUCGAAAGAAGGAAAUUGUUUGGAGACUUUAAAUAUGUUAUCGGUGGAUUCACCUACUCACUUUCAGCCAUUCAAAAUGGCAUUUUGAGGGGGAACCAGCGGCAACCAUAUACCCUUAUGAAGCCAUUCGGUGCAAAAGAUAAACGUUUAAGGGUGGCCCUCCCCUUCCCCGAGCCCCUUAUUCAUUUUGCUUUAGUAUAUGGUACUCGAUCUGGACCCUCACUUCGGUGCUAUUCUCCCGGGGACAUUGACAAAGAAUUAAUGGAUGCAGCCCGUAAUUUCUUAAGAAGUGGGGGCCUUUCAAUAGAUUUUACUGCAAAGGUUGCAUAUGCCAGUAAGAUCCUUAAAUGGUUUAGUCUAGAUUUUGGUAAGAAUGAGGUAGAGGUCCUGAAGCAUGUGUCAAGCUACUUAGAUCCAGCUGACUCAGAAUUAUUGUUUGACCUACUUGCCACUUCUGAGUUGAAGGUGAUAUAUCAGCCUUACGAUUGGGGUUUGAACUGCUAG